AUGCGUCCAUCGCGGCAGGCGUUGCUGUUGCGGUGCGUGCUGCGCUACCUGUACUACAGCGCCAUCCUAGUAGGCAUUAUGCCGUUUGGCGCCCGAAUUCGACGCUUUGUGUGGUGCCGGGUGAGGCUCACGUGGUCGGUCCUAGUGGGGCUGGGUACGAUCGGUGCCGUUGGGUUUAGUUUUUACCGGAUUGUGACGCUGAUUGAGUACCCUUCGAUAGAAAUUGUGCGGUAUCUGUUUUACUACGAGUUUGUGCUUCGGUUUGGGAUAUUAAGUUCGUGCUAUGUGCUGGUUUGGGUUAAUAUAAGACGGUUAAGGGUUUGUGGCAAUACAGUGGCGAUAAUAUUUGAAAAAUUGAGACGAUUCAACGUGCCGUGGAUGGAUAAAAAGCUAGUUUGGUAUGGGGUGACCAAGAUCGUUUUGGUGGACAUUACGAUGUGCUGCCUGUUUGCGAUCAACUUCCGGUUCAAUAAGAAGUCUGAUCCGGUUCCGGCGUUUGAAAGAGCUAUGAACGUGUACGCCGUGUUUGUGGCGGCUCAGGUGUCCAACGUUUGCCUUUGUACCAUGUACCUUACCUCGUAUCUGUUUCGGGUGAUAAAUUGGAAAAUUAGGGUUAUUAAUCGAUCGCUGUGCGAUUGGGAUGUUGAAGGUAAUCUUAUUCUGCUGAGCAAGUUGCACUUCAAGACAACUGGAGUGGCGCAGUCUAUUUUUAGGAUAUUUGGCGUUUCGUUGGCUUUGAUAAAUUUGAACCAAUUCCUGGUAGUCACCUCUAGGGUUUACUUUGUUUACGUGUCUGUCAUUCAAGAGCUCAAACACGAGUUUGAAAUCACUUGGAAUCGAUACCUAAUCUCGGUGCUUUACGUAACAUUUGAAGUUGUACACUUGCUUUAUCUAGUGUCUUCUUCGGCACGAUCAACUCGAAGGGCGCAGAAAACAUUAAUCCUUUUGACGGAGUUUUUCGGCUGUGAAUUGGACAAAUCCAUCGAGAAGCAGUUUCAAAAUUUUACAACCGGACUGUUGCUGCGCGAUCAAAACGUCACUCUUUAUGGCUUGUACCGGCUGGACUUUUCUCUUCUUUAUUCGAUGGUGGCGGCCAUCGCACUGAAGUUAAUCGUGCUCGUCCAACUGCAGCUGUCUGAUUAG